UUGUCUGCAGUAUAUGUAACAGUCAAAAAGGUGCACCUUUGAGAUCCACACAUGUUCUUAUAUUCUAAAUGUAGCUUAUCUCUAUUUAAAUGCUCUACAUCUGCAUAGUGCCAUCUAAUGAAAUAAAUAUGUUUUAUUUCUCCAUCUCUUCAUAAAUAAACAUAUAAUAUGUUGAAAAUGAACUGAACUGAUAAUAUAAGUGCAUUUAAGUGUAUUUGAUUGCAAUCCUGUUUGAAAAUGAACAAUCAGUAAUUACACCAAAAUCACAUAAUCAUCCAGUGUUUCAAACUAAAUUUGAGCUAAUACAGGAGAUGAAUAUUAUCUUUUGUGAAGAGUAUCAUAAAUGUCAUUAUGAACAAUCAUGGAUGAAUACAAAUAAAUACUUCUUACACACAUAAAACACAAAAAAACAUUCAUACCUAUAACGCAAAUGUAUAUAUGUAUCCAUCCAUAUAUUCAUUUAUGCAUACAUACACAAAUAAAUAUACAUACAUACAUAUGCAUUAAAAUAUGUUCUUGUCUUCAAGCAUACUCAUGUAAAGCAAAGGAAAAUGUUCAACAUGUUAAGAUUCAGUGCAUCCAAUGUUCUGAUCUAACGAGACCAAAUUUUAACCUGUUUUGAUCGUUUUAAUACUGAUGUGUAAUUGUGUUUUUAUGUAAUUGAAUAAUUUACAAUGGAAGAUAAAAAUUUCAAUAUGAAGCAAACAACUAGUAAAGAUAUAUCAGAUCCAAUAACAAAUGCAAAAAAACUACCAAAAAAAAGAAAGUUUGAUCUAACUGAACUAGAUUACAUGAUGAAAAAUAGUUCAUCAAAUGAUAACUAUCAAAUGAGUACUGAUUGUAACAAAGAAUUAUCAACAGCAGGUUUCCAGUCCACAGUGUGUAAUAUUGAUGAAACAAUACCAAGUUAUCAGUUUUCACUUCAAACGGUGUCUGCGGCGCCUCAAAAAGCAGCAGUGGAUUAUUCUGUUCGGGAAAGCACUAUAGUCGCAAAAUCACAGCAAGCUGAUUCUCCUAUCUCAGCCGUAGGACCAUCGAUAUUAAAAAUAGAUUUAAAUGAAUGGCGAGAACAUAGAGUAUUGGCGUUAUGUAAUGAUCAGUACUAUCCAGGUGUAAUAAGACAUGCAGUGGAUGAAAAUUUAUUUAUUGAACUAGAUAUAGAAAAAGAAUUGAGAAAAUUUUGCAGUAUUCUCACCAGUAGAAAAUUUGACGUCAUUAGUGAUGCAAGCCCAUCUUCUAAACAAAUUAAUGUUCAAACAAAAGUGUGUUUUCGAAAACCCCAAUCUAUAGAUACAAAUUGUUCUGAGUUUUUAGCUAACGUUUUUUCUGUUGGAAUUAUUUGCAAGGUUUUGAAUAAACCAACUCGCUUUGUAGUUGAAACUACUAGAAAAGAGAAUUACAUUGUUAGACGAGCUGAUCUAAGAUUAAUUCGUCCACCUUGGUGGGACGAAUUGGAAGAAAGCAUAGAAGACCAAAAAAUUUUCAGCGAAGGAAAAAUAAUGAUGUACAAUUUCGAGUCAUCAGACUUACCCAUGCACUCAAUGAGAAUUAUGAGUGAUCACCUAAUUCCAGAAAACAGGAUAAAGAGUAAUUUUCGAACAACUGGAACGAGCCCAUCACCUAUAGCCGCAGUUCAAGGAUCUGGAGUAACAGGAGCGAACGAAAAAUCAAGAGAGGACAAUGAAAGUGAUGACGAUCUAGAUCGAGAAAAUAUUACUUUCACUAGUGAUUCAGAAAUUAAACUAUCAGGUAGCAGUAAGCGUAGCAGUAUGCAAAGUCGCGGCAGUACUGGUAGUUUAAUCGAACAUCGUAGUAAUACACCAAGGUCUCAAGCAGCGACCCCCAGGUCUCAAACUGCGACUCCUCAUAAGUACAAGAAAGGAGAUGUUAUAAUAACUCCUAAUGGAAUCCGCAAAAAAUUUAAUGGUAAACAAUGGCGACGUUUAUGCAGUAAGGAUCCAUGUACCAAAGAAAGCCAGAGGCGAGGCUUUUGUUCGAGACAUUUGAGUCUUAAAGGUUCUAGUUUGCGCUCUCUCAGUCGAAAUAAUACUAAAUUGGAUAGUGAAGAUACAUCGAGGGAUUCAAAUGAUUCUCCGGGUAUUGCCAGUGGACGUAUUACUGGACGAUUUGAUCCAGAAGAAACGGAAGCAGCAAAUAUGUUAGUAUCUCUGGGAAGUUCACGUUCUGCUACGCCAGCAUUUUCUUCGCCUUCUGCACAUGGCUCAGCGAGCCCGCAAGUUGAUGUUUCGCCUAUACCAUCAUUUGGGGUUUGUCAAAAAAAUGUCUUCAUGCCUAUAGCUAAUCCAGAACAAAAUGAAUCACAAGUGUUACAAUAUGCCCACGAGUGGAAACAGUCCCAAAUUAAUACAAAAUUUUUAAUUCAAUAUAACACAGGGCCAGUAGUUAAGCCUGAACCCAGUAGAAUUCAACAAACUCACAGGUUGUCACCGCAAGGAAUUAAUAAUUUCACUAACAAUCCACCAGUGAGUGUCAUUCGGAUGUCACCAAUAAAGACACAAAAAAUAUGUUCAGAUAAAAAUACUGAAGCUGUAGAAUUAAACAGAAAUAUUAUUUUCAAGACCUAUGAAAAAACGUCUACUAUUCAAUGUCCAGAGAUCCAAGCAGUUUCUAGCUCCUGUCUUCGUGGAAACUUUAACUUACCCAACAAAGCUGAUGUAUCGAAAAAAUGUACACUCUCAGAUGAUAUUAAAGAAAAAGAUUUACCAGAUCAUUUUUCAGAAUGCAUUCAAGACACAACUCCACUUGUGAACAAUCACAUAUCAAGACCGACUUCGAUACCUUCGGAAAACAAUCAAUUAUCUAUGACAUCCAUCACCAAUCAUAUUUUAACGACUAAAAGAACUCCUUAUUUAAUAACAAAGCCGCAAAAUACUCAACCACCACCUCCAUGCAAAGUUUUAUUAUCUAAUACUCCAGAUGAAAUUGAAACUACAUCGUUGGACAUUGUCGAACAGGAAAUGCAGCCCUAUGCACCUAUAAGAAGCAAAGGAAAACAGAUAAAUUCUGACUACAUAAAUACAAUUCAAUUAUCAGGAGAUUCUAACCGUGUGCACCUUUCCGAUAACUUGAGUAAAUUUCCUGAUAAUCAGCUUUCUGGCAAACCAAAUGAGGUCCUGUCAAUGGAAAAUAAAUAUUCAAGUAGUUCUACUCUCACAACUAACAAUUUAGACUCAAAAAUAACAUUUUCUAGUUUGAGUCCACCUUUGAGUGCACCUCCGGUUCCAACAAUAUUUAGUUGUGGAUCUAAUGAUCAAUUUUUAAAGACUUCAACGGAAGUUCCAGAUGAUGAAUAUGAUGACGAUGUUUUUGAGUCAGACAUUUCAUCUCUUUCGAACUCGGACAUGUCUACAAGUAAAAGACGCUGUCAUUCUCUAAGUGCUCUACAGAUAGACGAACCAUCGAGUCACAUGAAAAUGAAAGAUAAAAUUCGACGUCCAAUGAAUGCGUUUAUGAUAUUUUCAAAACGACAUCGUGCUGUAGUUCACCAAAGACAUCCAAAUCAAGAUAAUCGUACUGUUUCUAAAAUUCUUGGUGAAUGGUGGUAUGCUUUGGGAGCAGAAGAAAAACAAAAAUAUCAUAAUUUAGCUUCUGAGGUAAAAGAAGCUCAUUUUAAAGCUCACCCAGACUGGAAAUGGUGCAAUAAAGACAAGAAAAAAGUUUCUCAAUUAAUGAGAGAUAAUGAUAUCCGAACCAAAUCAAAUAGUGCAGAUGAAACUAGUGCUGUUAAAACUGAAAAUUCUUCAAAUACUAAAGUGGUUCCCAAAUUGACAUCAGAUUCACAUUUCUCUCCUGAAAAUUCAAAAGAACCAUCAAAUGUAUUUUCGAUCAAUGAUGAUUUCAAAAGUAAAAUCCAGCAUCCUGUGCGGCAAGUUAUUUUAAAUUUAAAAAGUGCAAUAGACGCAGAAGUGCCUAAAUCAAGUAUGAUGUCUCUGAAUUCUACGGAUAAAAUAUACUCAAAAACUUCUGUCAAUAGUUCUGUAGAAACAUUACCUAAUGUUGAAGAACAUAAAUUAAAUGAUUUUACUCCAAGCAAAGAAAUGGGUAGUAAAAGCCAUAUUAAAGGUUACCGAAACUCGAUCGACGAAGAUAGCACUCAAGUUGAACACCUUAUAGACGAUAAAGAGAGUAUAAAUCACUCUCCUAGUUAUUCUUAUUUCUGUCCUGUAAAUCCUAGUAACUUAUCAAAAUUUCAACCAAAAUGUGGAGCUUUGAUAACAGUUCCAAUGUCUGAAAAAAUGAUAAAUAAAGGAUCAUUAAGAUGUCUUGAUACAGAAAAAAAUGAAGAACUUACUGGUUUGAAUGAUGAUAACGUCAUGAGAGAAAACCGAGGUACUAAUGAUGACAUUUCAAAAAUGGAAUCAUUUUAUGAAGAUGAAACGUAUCAUUUGCCCACAGGAGCCCGGACAUCAUCAUCCUCAAACAGUUCACGUACAGAAAAAGUCGAAAAAUUUGAUCAUGACGGAAUGAAUAAUAAGUCAAUAAAUACUUGCGAUGCUCUCGAAAUACCAGACAAAAGUCCAUUUAUUCUUGCUCCAACACCUGCACAACUCGGAAAAGCUCCUCUUCAAAAAAGACAAUCAAUGGGAUCUCAACAUACGAUUGACCAAUCAACCAACUCAUUUGAAGUCUCUUCUCCUAAAAUCAUCGUAUAUUCAGAGAUGCAUCAAAAGCAGGAUAAUUCAAAUAAUCAAACAAUUGACAUGAUUCCAAAUAAAAAAAGUCCUUUUUUCAAGAAGUCAAUCGAAGAUGGAAUGGAUAAAGUUCUGGAACAAGUGAACUUCAGAGAAAAGUUUUCAUCUUUACCGGAAUUCAACCCCGAAGAAAACCAAAGUCCUUGCAGCUCAAGCGCACAAUCUCAGAAUAAAUUGAAAAAUCUAUCGAAUGAUACCUGCAGUUUGAGAAAAAUGAAGAAAAAAAAAAUUCAAGAAUCACCAGUAAUUGGAAACAAAUUAGAAUCCGAUGCUUGUACUAUAAAUGGAUGCAAUAACAGUGCAGAAAUAAAAUUAACUGGGAAUACAUUUUUUGGGCCUGAUUUCAACGCAGAUGAAUAUCAAUGCCACCUUGAAUCGAAUGCUGAAACUGAAAAUAAUUCUCCUAUAACUCCCAAAACGCCAUCUACUAGUGUGUCAUGUUUUUCCAAAGAUCAUGAACGUGGACAUAAAAAAGUCCUAGAACAUAGAAGAUUACUUGUAAUGCAGUUAUUUCAAGAGCAUGGAUAUUUUCCAUCUACUCAGGCUACAUCGGUUUUUCAAUCAAAGCACGCUGAUAUAUUUCCUAACAAAACGAGCUUACAACUGAAAAUUCGUGAGGUUCGCCAAAAACUCAAAGCAAAUUCUACUCCAAUCAGUGGAAGUAACUUGAUAAGCCCUGUUCUAGCACAUGAAGGAGCUCAUAUUGAAGAAAAAUGCAUAGGCAGUGAUGCUUCUAACAAGAUACAAAAUAAAUUUCAAAUCAAUAAGUAAUUUUGACUGUGAUAAUGAUUAUGGAAUUUAUAGCCUGAAAAUUAAUCACAAUGGAAAAAAUUUUACGUAAAGCUCAUGGUGAAUAUUGGUUGACAGAAAGAUUAGAAAUGGAGUUGGAAAGAUAUACGUUAUAAUUAUAAAUUUAUGAGAUUCAAAGAUCUCAUUAGCAUACUUAUAGUUGACAAAACAAAUUAAAAUUUUAUAAUUUUAUUAGAGUUGGUGUAAAAAUUAGAAAAUACUUUAUCAUUUAUUGAUGACUAGUAUAUACUUUUUAAUUUAAUUUUUUGCAUUUUCAUUCAAUUUUCAAUGUAACCAUAACAAUGUUGAUGAUGCUCACUGUUAAAGUGAGUCAAGACUGUAUUUUAUCUAUAUGAAUACUUUAUAUUAUAUGUUUGCGUCAAAAUUGUACAAUUGUAAGUAAAAUAAUAUUGAUUACACUCU